AUGGUGCCAUGUUUCGAUGAGCCGGCAUUCAAAGCACAAUGGACGGUUACUGUAAUUCAUCCGGCAGGAACCACAGCUCUGUCCAAUGGAAAAGAGAGAAGUAGCGUAAGUGAAUCUGGCAGUGCUUGGGUGUGGACGACAUUUGAAACAACUCCAAAAAUGUCGACAUAUCUUCUUGCCAUUGCUGUUGGCGAAUUUGAAUAUAUCCAAGGGUAUACCAAGGAGGGAGUAAGAUUCCGAGUGUGGUCACGUCCAGAAGCGAUUAAUAUGACGCAAUUUGCGCUAAAAGUCGGCGUCCAAUGUCUGCAGUUUUACGAGGAAUACUUCGAUAUCAAAUUUCCACUACAAAAACAGGGUAGGGUGCGCUAA